AUGUCGUUCUUUCGUUGUCAAUACAGUCGAGUAGCAACACAGAAGACCGGCGCCCUCAACGCCAACGACAGCGACAAGCAAGUCCAACUGGCCAUCGAGAACGUUGGCAUUGUGCUCAAAGCAGCUGGCCCUCGCGGCUGGGACGACGUGUACCUCCUGCGGUCAUACCACCGCGAUAUCCGCACAUCAUGGGAGCCAACCGCCGAGGCGCUGAAGAAGCGAAUCCCGGGCCACCGUCCCUACCAGAUCUAUUGUCCUACUAAGGCAGCCUAG